AUGCUCUCCAUAGACGAACACAACCCUGAGUCUCAACAUCUGAGUCCUCUACAAGAUGAAUCGGAUGAUGACUCUGAAGCUUCUAACUCUGACCGCCGCCGUUCAGGCACCCGAUUCUAUUCGAGCCAUUUUACCGAAGCGCCUGAUGUUCCACUCGCCGCGAGCCCAGCUCCACCAGAGGUAUCUUUUCUUGGAGAAGUGCGACGCUAUCCUAAAAUCACGCUUUACAGCAUUGGCCUCGCGAUGGCAUUUUUAUUGGCCGGUUACGAUUCUGUCAUUGUCAACACAGUUCCAUCAAUUUCACAAUUUAAAAAGGACUUUGGCGUGCAGUACGGCUCCGAUAAGAACGAAUAUAUUAUACCAUCAAUGUGGCUGUCUCUUUGGAGUGCGCUUGGAGCUGUCGGACAGAUAUUGGGAGCACUUGCCUCGCCGUCCUGGCAAGAUCGCUCAGGCCGGCGAACUCCAAUGAUUGUAGGAACUGUGGUUUCUGCUGCUGCUGUCGCCGUCAUCUACACUUCCUACUUGCCCACUGACAUUAAUGCUCGACGAGCCGUUUUUCUCAUCGGCGAGAUCAUUCAAGGUCUUGGUAUCGGUAUUUUGACGACGACCGCGCAAACCUACCUAUCCGAAACGGUGCCUACAAGUCUGCGAGGGUCUGCGAUGGCACUCUGUCCGACGUUUGUGUUACUGGGUCAACUUGUUGGUGCUUUGGUGGUAUUUCUAUCUUCGAGCGGAAAUGCAAGCCGUGCAUACCUUGUGACCUUCGUUUCCAUGUGGCCGUUUUCCGCCAUCACGCUCCUCAUUGUCGUGCUGGUUCCGGAGAGUCCUGCAUUUCUUGUGCGUAACGGCAGACUGGUUGACGCACAUCGCUCGCUGCAGAAACUUCACUCUAGUACCCAGGACUGCGGACAGCUGGUCAAAGACCUACAGAGAACCAAUGCGCAGGAGAAGGAAGAAAAUGAGAAAAUCCCUUGGCGUGACUGUUUCCGACGUACUGAUCUACGACGAACUCUUAUUGUGUCAUUUGUAUCGAUGAUGCCUUGCUUCUUUGGGUUUUCGCUACUAUCAGAUGCGAGUUAUUUCCUGCAGAUUGUUGGAAUGGAUGACCAUAACAGUUUGAUGAUGUUUGUUUUGGGUAUCAGCUUGGGGUUGGUAGCCAACGCUGUGGGUGUGUGGGUUGCUAACGUCGUCGGACGACGGACGCUCAUGUUAAGUUCGCUGUCUGUAACUUCACUACUAUGGCUUGGAAUGGGUAUUGCCGGCUGCUGGUCCGGUACUGUUUCGAUCUGGUAUACCGCGGUGACGAUGAUGUUUAUUGUUGUGAUCUGCGGUGUGGGUGCAUGGCCUGCUUCAUUUGCAGUUGUUGGAGAGACAUCAUCCCUCCGCUUGCGAGCCAAGUCGCAGGGCAUCAGUACUAUCGCCUCCGACAUUGCGAGUAUAAUCUUUAGUUUUGUUCUACCAUACGUUUAUAACAAAGAUGCUGGGAAUCUUGGUGCCAAGACAGGCUUCCUGUUCUUUGCAAUUUGCACAAUCACAACGGUUAUUACUUGGUUGGCAGUUCCGGAGCUCAAAGGAAGAACCAAUUCUGAAAUCGAUCAUAUGUUCAAACUGGGACUACCCACAAGGAAGUUUAAGGAUUGGUCGGGAGCUGACAGAAUGGAGGACUCGGAGGGAUUGAUGUGGAAAUGA